GUGAUCAAGAGCGCGAAGCAUGGGCGUCGUGGUGGUGCUGGCGCGUGGGCGUGGGCGUCGGAUCCGCGGUGUGGGGGCUGUGCGUGGAAGGCGCCGGUGGCUCAGUGCGCCCCCUCCUGAUGGUCGCCACACUCCUGGCAAGCAUCAUGGCCAUCGUCGUGGGCACCGUCGCCCUCUUCACCAGGCGGCACUGGCGGGCGAGGCGGCGCGUGUACCACACCCUCGACCUGGACAUGGUCGACGACGACGAGGACGAGGCCGCGGAGGACGACUGGCUGGUCCGGAGUGCCCGGAAAGAAGGUAUCGCUCUCUGAAGGACUCCGCGGACUGUGAUUGGAGUGAUGAGUGAUUCCCAGAACAUAAUCUGAAUGAUUGAUAACAUAAUUCAUAAACAGGGACCCCUGCAUGAUACUGAAGGCAAAUGACAAAGCGUUUACCACUCUUCUUUUAUAGAUUGGAACUGAAUUCGUAAAGAGAAGAGAAGAUCGGGGGAGAAAGUGCGGUUUUAAAGAGUAACAGAACAGAUGACGUGAAUCAUUAGUGAUAUGAUCCGGCCCGACUGCCCUUCAAGUUAUUCAAAGUUAUCCAGAGUUUUUUGGACUCUGAACCUUCGCCACGGAAG